AUUUUUUGAUUUAUAUGAAAUUUGGGACUGUUGUAUUGAGCUUAGAGUUUGUGCUGAAUUAUUUUUUGAGCUUUAAUUGUGAUUGAUUUUUUAUUAUUAUGGUGGUGUUUAAAUGAGAGCAAACAUUUUCAUGUGAGAUUUUGAGCAAUAUUGAUCAUGUAGUGAAAAUCAUAUCAUGGGUAGUUUUGAUAACAGUAAUAUUGUAGUUUUUAGUGCUGAGAUUUGGGUAUUGUUCUUAUUUCGACCGACUGGUUUUUGGGUUCCUGUUAUGGAAUGUCACUGUUCUAAUCGGAACUUCUUGUGUUCACGACUUUAUGUUAUAGUAUUCGAUCUCUUGUUGAUUCAAUUUUUAUUUUGGGUGAAGAUUUGUGUGUGUAUAUGUGUGUGUGCGCGCGUACACCAUUUUUUAAAGUCUCGUAGUAGUUUGAUUUAACGAAAGUUCGGUUUUUCCGUGCUGAAAUGACGUGGGUAAUGGGAUUGGUAGGCACUAGUCAAUGGCAGAGGUAAUCACAGUGUUUUGGAUCAAUCGCAUUGCAACAAUUGAUUGUUUGGGUAUGUCUUUUGGAGGAUGUGAUUGAUUCUACUGGCGCUAAACUUUGUGGUUAAGGGGUAAACGACUUUGGAUGCUAGUAGCUUAAGAUUUGAUCUGGUGUAUGAGCAAAUAUGGGAGCUGCUUGUUGUGUUGCAGCCAGGGACAGACACAUACAGCAUGGUUCUAGUGGCGAAUUUCUGCACAGAAAUUUUAGGCACUCUCCAACAUGGAGUUUUAGAUGGGAUAGCCGAGUUGGAGUAGCUGCUGAAGAUUCUUCCGUAGGUUGGUUGUCUGAUGUGGCCAACAGGAAUGACGCAAUAGAUGUGAAGUCUGCAACUGAUGUAUCAGCACAGGUGUCAGAUGGAGGUAGUUCAUUGGAGAGUUAUCGAAUGGGUUCAUGCCGCAAGUCUCCAGUUAACCAGGAAACGACCAAGAGCCUAAAAACAUCUGCCUCAGGUCAAUCUGUCGAGAGGACUGCCUGUACAGAGGUGAAGCAAUAUACAGCGUCUGCACUAGUUUUAGACCCUGCUUCUGUUAAAUUAUCACCCUCAACUCAUACAACUUCUUCUUUAAGCACGUCACCUCUCUCAUCUCAAAGUCAUCCACGCCCACCUUCACCUUCACCAACACCAUCUCGAUGGGCUCAAGCCUCGCCAGCUCACCAUCUAGCUCAUCAGGCAUCCGAUAGCCACAGCUCCGGGAGAAACUCACCUAGUAUGACUUCUGUUUCUGAAGAGGGGCAGGUUCCAUAUGGGAAUUCUGCUGCAAGCAACCUCUCAACUCGGGGUUCCUAUGGUAGGUCCUCUGAUGGCUGGUCAGCUCAUGCCUUCUCCGAACUUAUGUCGGCAUCACAGAGAGAGCGGUGGUCAUUUGAUAGCGACUCCUUUUGCUUUUCUCAUGAUAAAUUGAACAAAACAAGUGGCCACAAUUCACGGUCAGUAUCUGUGGAUUUUCAAACAUGCGGGAUUUGCUCCAAGCUCCUAUCUGAGAAAUCAGCUUGGAGCAGCCAAAAAAUCAUUGCAGGUAACGAGUUAUCUGUAGUUGCUGUUUUGAUAUGUGGGCAUGUCUAUCACGCGGAGUGCUUGGAGACUAUAACGCCCGAAAUCAACAAAUAUGAUCCUGCCUGCCCGGUUUGUACCUUGGGGGAGAAGCAAACCCUGAAACUGACUGGAAAAAUGCUGAAGGCAGAAAAAGAUUUUAAAGCAAGAAAUAGCAAGAAGUUGAAGAACCGGGUUGUAGAUACCAAUGCCUCUUUUGAUUUUGAUUAUUGGAAGAGAAGUGCUGGUGCACAUGAAGAGAAGAGCCCCAAGCUUGUGAACAGCUCUAGCUUGAAGAUAUCCGCCGCAAAGCCAUUUCUUAAGCGGCAUUUCUCCUUCGGGUCUAAGGGUAACAAAUCUACUUCAGAAAGCCCAUCUAUUAGGAAAAAGGGCUUGUUCUGGGCAAAGUCUAGCAGAGAAUGAGUUCCUUAGCUUUGUUUGAAACCGUGAAGGUUUGUGUGAGUUUGUUACUACUUAGGUAACAUGAUGAUAAAAGAUUGGUGACACAACACAAAAUAUGUGACGGAAGCUAAACAUGGCUUGUUUAGAUCGUAAUUAAUUUGGUAUAUCUUCUCUGAUAUAAAGGGUUGUAAAGAAGAAAAAUAUAGGAUAUAAAAUAUGAUAGGAAGUUAUAGGUAGUAAAUCAAGUGGGCAAGUGAUUUAUUAUGGUUUUGAUCUUUAUUCAUGUUAUGUACAUUUCAAUUCGUUUGAAAGCAAGAAUUCAAAGUAAUAUGUUCUGAAAGAAAUACUCUUUAAUUACUUUUCUCAAAUCGUCUGAUGUACUUGUAAAGUACGUACAAUCUGAACAAGCAAGGGGUGCAUAAUACUUCUUUGAUAUCCAAGAACUCAUUAGUAGAUCUCAGGUAUCAACAAAACAAUUCAUUUCUAUGCUUUCGUAAUGUAUUGGAUGUGUGUUGUAAAUAUGUACUACUCGUAAUUUCAUAACUCUGGUGAUAUAAUUUUUAUAACAGUAAAUUAGGCUGUGAUUUUUUAUUAAGGUA